AUGAUUAGUAUCAUGAACAAUAUGGACGGCAUUGAGUUCUCAACUCAAGAAAUGGGGAUACCAAUAAUGGCAAGCCUCCUCAUUGUUGGCCCGAAUCUGAUGGAGGGAGUUCUGGGACAACUGGAGAGUGGAAACUGCGACGUGGAGGCGAAUGUGAACAUGUCCCUUUGCUCUCCCAUAGACAAGCAGCAAGAUUCCCUCGACUACUUCUUCCCGCCACCCAGUAAGAGCAUUCGGAUAACCCUCUUUGAUCAUCAUUGCUUGUUUUCUACUCAUGCACCUCCCGGCAGUAAAGAGGUGCACUUGAUGAUUGCAGGCCCGUUUACGAUGGAAAUACUCUUUGACAAGACAAGCCAGCCAAAACGGAAAAAUAAUUAA